AUGGUUGCUUAUAAAAAGAAGAAAAAAGCUUUAUUAUCAACAAGCCCAAAUGAUGGAGAACCAUACCUGCACGUGAUGGCGAGACCCUCCGUAUACAACGCAGGGGUCAAACGAGCUAUUUACUGCAAAGGACAAAAUAUGCCUGAGUUAAUAGACUGGCUAUCACCAAACGGAGAUGUCGUAGAGGGCCGCUCUACCAAAAACACCAGGGUUUACGUGGAAAGGUCCAAGAACGAUUCGCUCGUGAGCAGCUUAGUAGCUCUCAUCAUUCAAGAGACAAUGAUCGAAGAUACUGGCAACUGGACCUGUAGAGCGGGCUCCUUGAAUGAAACUAUUGAAAUCACUGUUGGGGUAAAAGCAAUGAUACCCAAUAAAUAUGAAAUCAUCGAGGGUGAAGAAGGGAAAUCAGUCAAGUUCGAUUGUGUUGCAAAAGGUCAUCCGGCACCUAUAGUACAGUGGUACAUGGAAAACGAUCCUAUUACUAAUGAUCCCAAAAAGUACAUAAUACGGGUGAAGGCGGACAACCAUCAGCUCGAGAUUAAGAACUUGACGCAUCGGGACACCAAUGAGUACGUGUGCAGAGUGACUCAGAAGGCAUUGUCUCAUUUCGCUGAUAAACGGGUGCAACUGAACGUCAACCAUAAACCCUUCUUGGUGGACGAAAACAAUGAAGUUUCCUACUCCAAAUAUAAGGCGGAAGAAGUUUACGCGAUCAUCAAUGAAACCAAAAAUAUAACCUGCAUCGUUAUUGCCAACCCUCUUCCCACAUUCCGUUGGUACAGAACUGAAAAUGGAUUUGACGAACUAAUCACUGAUCCUGAUACGGUGAUGACCUCAGAGGAUGGCAAUAGCUCAGUGUUCAUUUUGCGAACAUUUGACGAGACUGCGUUCGGCGAAUAUAAAUGUUCAGCGAACAACAGUAAGGGACAGGUCACUAUUUUGUAUGAUGUUUCGGCUGGAAAUAAACCAAAUUCUCCUGAUUUUGUGGAAUUAGUAUCUAAAUCGAAAACUGAGCUUACAUUCAAUGUGACUUGUUCCACUUGUAAUAUGGCUACAACGGAAGAAGAUAUGUCUGAGGACCCAAAAAAUCUUACAGUUCUAGGAUAUUCAUUCCAAGUAGUGGCUGAACAAGAAGGAUUUCUAGCUGAUUGGGAUGCAGCUAUCGAGUUUAUCAAAGAUAUCAAGGAAUUUAAUGAUACAUUGUUCACAUUAGGCCCACUUGCAAAUGACACAACAUACCACGUCCGAGUGCGCACGCGCAACGCAGCUGGAUUUUCUGAAUGGAUAAAAGUCACUCCCAAUCCUACAACAGACUUCGCAAACAGACUUGCUAUUUCGUCCAUACUUCUUAUUAUAUGUUUCUUGUACACUUUAAUCAAUUAA